CGCAUAAGAAGUAUCGCCACCCGCCCAACGACACCAUCUCUCUCUUUCUCUCUCUCUCCAAAUAGAAAAUAACGCCCCAAGAAUCAUCUCCCCCGCGACGAUCUCUCCAACCUCUCCCUCCCGCAUUGCCUCGUGAUCCUCUCUUCCCCACCGCCACUACCCAUCUCCCAUUUCGUCUUUCUCCCUCAGCAUCUCCCUCGCUUCGUGGGCAGCUUCUUGAUUCGGCGGAGCUUGAGGCCCUGAGGAGUUUAGCGGGGGGGCGACCAUGGCUUCGCUGAUCCGGCCGUCGGUGUCCCUCGCCGGAGCCGCGGCUUCCGAUCUUUUCGGGGGCGGCGACGGCGACGGCGUCUCGCUGAGGGCCCUCGGGAGGGCGCGGCUCGGGACCAGAGGAGGGAGGCGGGGCGGCUUGGCGGUGGCGGCGAAGCUCCGGAAGGUGAAGAAGCACGAGUACCCGUGGCCCGAGGAUCCGGAUCCGAACGUGAAGGGCGGGGUGCUCAGCCACCUCUCCUCCUUCAAGCCGCUCAAGGGGAAGCCGAAGCUGGUCACGCUGGAGUUCGAGAAGCCGCUCAUGUUGUUCGAGAAGAAGAUCAUGGACGUGAGAAGGAUGGCAGAUGAAACUGGCCUGGACUUCACUGAUCAGAUUAUAUCCUUGGAGACCAAGUAUCAGCAGGCUUUAAAGGAUUUGUAUACGCAUCUGACUCCUAUCCAACGUGUGAAUAUUGCCCGACAUCCCAAUCGGCCUACAUUUCUUGACCAUGUAUUUAACAUUACUGACAAGUUUGUGGAGCUUCAUGGAGAUAGGGCUGGUUAUGAUGAUCCUGCUAUUGUCACUGGUAUUGGAACUAUUGAUGGUGAGAGAUACAUGUUCAUUGGCCACCAGAAGGGACGAAACACAAAAGAGAACAUUCAGCGCAACUUUGGGAUGCCAACUCCCCAUGGUUACAGGAAGGCUCUACGAAUGAUGUACUAUGCUGAGCAUCAUGGCUUCCCAAUCAUCACGUUCAUUGAUACACCUGGGGCCUUUGCAGACCUAAAAUCUGAGGAACUUGGCCAAGGUGAAGCAAUUGCUCACAAUUUGAGGACCAUGUUUGGUCUGAAAGUUCCCAUUGUUUCUAUUGUUAUGGGGGAAGGUGGUUCUGGCGGUGCUCUUGCCAUUGGCUGUGCAAAUAAGUUGUUAAUGCUUGAAAAUGCUGUCUUCUAUGUCGCCAGUCCUGAAGCUUGUGCUGCAAUCUUGUGGAAGAGUGCAAAAGCUUCUCCAAAGGCAGCUGAAAAACUGAAGAUUACAGCCACAGAGUUAUGCAAGUUACAAAUUGCUGAUGGGAUCAUCCCAGAGCCACUUGGAGGUGCCCAUGCAGAUCCCUCUUGGACCUCCCAACAGAUAAAAGCUGCAGUUGGUGAAGCAAUGACCGAGCUUAAGAAAAUGGACACACAAGAGCUCCUGAAGCAUCGCACGCUUAAGUUCCGAAAAAUUGGUGGAUUUCAAGAAGGAAUCCCCGUGGAUCCCAAGAGGAAGGUCAACAUGAAGAUGAAAGAAGAACCUCCACUAGGAAUGAUUUCUGAAGCAGAACUGGAGAGUGAAGUGGAAAAGCUGAAACAGAAGAUUGUAAGAGCGAAGGAAUCAUCAGGUGAAGCUUCUGACAGUGGUGUGGAUGAAUUGAUAGAAAAACUCAAAAAGGAAGUGGAUCAUGAGUACUCCGAGGCAGUUAAGGCCUUAGGUUUGGAUGAAAGAAUGUCAACAUUGCGAGAAGAAAUUGUGAAAGCUAAGCAACAGGAGCAACCCUUGCAUCCUAUUUUAAUGGAUAAGAUUGAUAAGCUAAAGAAGGAGUUCAACCAAGGCUUGUCAGGAGCUCCCAAUUAUGAGAGCCUCAAGAGUAAGCUUGACAUGUUGAAUGAGAUGUCUAAAGUGAAGAAUGCUGAAGGGAUUGCUUCACAGAAGGAAGAACUCAAUAGGAAACUGAAAGAGGUAUUAGAACGUCCUGAUCUGAAGGAGAAGGUUGAAGCCCUGAAUGCAGAAAUCGAAGACUCUGGGGUAACAUCUCCUGAGGAUGUAGAUGAAGGUCUGAUGGAGAAAAUUGUCAAUUUGAAGAAAGAGAUAGACAUGGAAAUGGCCAGUGUCAUUGAAUCUUUUGGACUGCAUGUUGAGGCCAUUAAGCCUACCAGCAUUGAUACUAGUACACAAACUUCAGUCUCAGAAGUUAGUGCUAAAAUGGGUUAUCUAAAUAAAGAAAUAAGCAACAAAAUCGAAGAAGUGGUCAACUCAUCUGACCUAAAGAGUAUGAUGGAGAUGCUGAAGAUGGAGAUUGUAAAAGCAGGAAAAACACCUGAUUUGUCGUCAAAAAAUAAGAUUGAUGCUCUGCAGCAGCAGAUAAAGCAGAGGCUUUUUGAGGCAAUAAAUUCUUCUGAGCUUAGACAGAAGCAUGAAGAGCUGACAUCUGAGAUCUCUGAAGUCGUGGAAUCUUAUGGAGGGUCCAAUGGAAGCUUGAAAUAUAAUGACAGUGAAGAGAGUUCGAAGCAUGAGGAAUCAAGAGUAGAGGUCAACAUGGGAGGAUAUCGAAACUAGUUCACUCUUUUUUCGAUAUUGUGGAUGCCACUGGGAACAUGAGACAUAUAGACAAUGUGUCCUGCUCGAGGAGUAAUCCUGCAGCGCUUUUGAUUCUUAGAUUCCAAUCUCUGUGCUGUCGUUAAGCAUUUCGCCCAUCUCCUGCCAUGCCUAUUUUGCAUGCCCCAGUACUAGGAACAAAUUACAACAUUUCUGCUUUAUAUGGUAAAAUGCUUUUAAGGUUUCAAGACGAGAGAACGUUUAAUUAUCGGUUUAAGGUCUUUACACGAUCUACAGCCAAUCAAGUACUUCAGGAGUUUAUGUUCCCCCCUGUUUUUGUUGGUAGAGAACAGACACAGACGUUUUGUAUAUGUUACCGCGAAGCUCCGCAUACUUCAAAAUAAAUGCAGAUGACUGCAUUAGUGUGUUGUCAUAAUGUCAUUUACAGAUCAUUUUUCUUUGACAGAGUAGUUUGGUGAUCU